CUUGUAGAGAUACAGGUGUGACAGGUGGAUGUACUCAGCUACAAUCUGUCAGAACUCACACACACACACAUCUCUGCUUACUGACUGCAGCACCUCACCAAGCAAAAAUGAGUACCAAUCAAAAAACCGAACCCCCUCCUUAUCUCAUACCAGUUGAAGGUCAAGGGGGUGGAGUGAAAGUUUACCACGUCCACACACCAUUCACCCCUCCCACCUCAGAGGAGAACUCAACAACUCGGGUCACACCAGUGUACACAAGUGGAGGAGGAGGCCUGGGUACGGGGGCCAACACUUCAGAUGGCAAACAAAAGUUUGUGAGCUAUGAUGUGGGACUGGGAUCCAACCCUGGCAUGACAACCUGCCCCAGCUGCCAACAGCAGGUCAUGACAAAUGUCACCUACAAAGCAGGAACUUAUGCCUGGCUGAUGUGCUUACUCUUCAUCUGCCUUGGGUUAGUCCUGUGCUGCUGCCUGAUCCCAUUCUUCAUGAAACGCUUCAAGGAUGCUUACCACACGUGCCCCAGAUGCCACAAAGUCCUGCAUGUUGAGAAGAAACAAUGCUGUAAAUGACAAACAUGAGGGAGGGAAACAAAAGGACCCAUAGAAAUAAGAAAUAACAUCCUGUCACCACCAUCUGCCUUUGGGAUAUUCUGAUGGAAAACAAUCAGUCAUGCCAUUUUCUGACACUGAAAGCUCACACUACAAAAUGUAGCUUAUUUCUAUGGAUGAAUCGUCGCAUUAGUUGAGGCAAAAUCAUACAUGAAUGACUUCCAUGCCGCAUCAUAUUAUUAGCAAACACACUGGGGAUGAUUGUGCUGUCAGCGCUUCAGUAUCACGUGCUGAAAAUCACAAGCUCUGGUCAUUUAAAACACACCCUACACACCCAAUGCACUUUCUUUUUCUUUCUUAUUUUAAACUCUCAUGUUGUCACAAACCUUUGCAAACAGAAUGCUGCUUAGUUGAAGGCUUGUAUAUAGAUUUUUAUCAGCUGUGAAGGGGCUGUGCAUUUGAAAUUUAACCCAAUUUGCUGCCUAUCUGAAGGGAAACUAGUAACAGUGACCAGUGGAAGAAUAUUUGUGUUGAUGUUUUGUGUUCUGGUUGUAAGAAAUGGAAAAAUUCCACAGCAUAAUUAAACCUAGGUGGCUUGUUUGUGUAGUAUUAACAUGAGCAGAUGAAGGACAAUCUGAAUGUUUGAAGAUCAAGUUUUGUCUAGAUUACUUAAAUGUUUACUUUCCAUUGGGUAUUUAACAUUUGUUACAUUGCUAAGAUCAACCAAUUUAAAAUAACAGAAUAUAUAGAGAGUUGUAGAUAUAUAUACAGUCUGUUAUUUUUUUCUACCUUUCUUAAGAACAACUUUUUGCUUGAUAAUUUAAUAUGUAGCAGAAAGCAGGUCAAUGUUUUCUACUUUCUGACCCCAGGCAAAAUUUAGUAUGCUUAAAUUUCCGUUAUUUACCAUAAUUAACUAAUUGAAACCCAUGUUUAUCUAAUAAAAUAAUAUCAUACAGAUGA